CAGCUGUUCAUCCAAUUAAGCUUAUUUUUAAGUUUAUUUCUGUUCUUAUCGCCUUAAUCCGACCGGACUGGCGCCUGAAUAUAAUAAUAGUCAGUGGGCGUACACAGUUCACUAGUUAAUUGGUGCGCCUCUCUCCGGCAGAUAAAAAUUUGUAAACAAACGACGGAACGGGACAAACAAACCAACAUGCUGACACACAGCUUUUAGUCGGUCGCCAGUCCAGUCCAGUCGCAGUCAUUCGGGUUUGUGAGCUGCUACGAUCUAAAGCAGCUUGUCGGCGCUGCUCCUGUUACUCCGAAGUUAUAAACACACGUUUUCCGCUUGUCUCAGCAUUUUUUGUGAAUGAAUUUCCAGAGGGUAUAGUUACGUGAGAAAGUUUAAAAGCUAUAGAAUUGAUCCUUGCGACUAAUAGGAAAAUGAAGCCCACUAUCGAUAAGGAGCUGCUGCCGAUGAAGGCGCACUACUUUCUGUUUAAUGCCGGCACUGCUCCAGUCGUACCCUUCAUGCCCACCCUCGCCGGCCAGCUGGGCUACUCCCCCGCAGUGGUGGGCACCAUGUACAUGAUACUGCCCAUCAUCGGAAUGAUGGCGAAGCCCCUAUUCGGCUACCUUGCAGAUAGAUUCCACCGCCAUCGAUCCCUAUUCAUGGGUGGACAAGUCCUUACGGGCAUCGCCUUCUUUCUAAUCAUGUUUGUGCCAGCUUUGGAGAAGCCCCUGCCCAAGGUGGAGUUCCACUGCCAUGCCGGUGUCUCGGAAAUACGCUUCUGCUCCCAGUAUGGGGAUUGUGUCGAGAAAAAUCUAGAGCAAUACUAUGGAAAUAGGACACUGGAAUGUGAGCUGCAUUGCGAAGCCCAGCCCACCAUUUGGGAUACAGUGUGCCAGAAUUGGUUGCAGAACAAGACGGAAAACUGUGCCAGCAAUCGCACGAAUCCUUUCCUGGAUAUCGGCACUAGUAUCAACAUGAAUCACAUAAUGGAGGAGAGUAGCUGCCUGUUCUUCAUGAUACCCCACGAUCGCGGUCAGGUGGCGGGGCAGAAUGUGACGAUGAAUUGCCCGGCUUACCUGAAAACAAACUGCACCAUGGACUGUCGGGAGGAUUAUGUCAAGGAACAGCUUGCCGAGAACGCAGUGAUUAAUACUCGCAGCGCCAUGGGAAUGCCACAGUUCUGGUUCUUCUUCGGCAUGCUCAUAUUCAGCUGGAUCGGGAUGGCAGUGGUGGUCAGUAUUGGCGACGCCAUCUGUUUCGGCAUCCUCGGGGAUCGUCAUCAUCUGUACGGAAAGCAGCGCUUGUGCGGAUCCCUCGGCUGGGGAGUGUUCGCCCUGCUGGCUGGGGUUCUUGUGGAUAACAUGUCGCGGGGAGAAGUGAACAAGAACUACACGGUUGUAUUCUGGAUGGCUCUCAUCAUCAUGGGCUUCGACGUGUUUGCCUCCUCCAAGCUAAAGCAUGUUCAGACUCAUUUGUCUUCCAAUAUCCUGAAAGAUGUGGGCCAAAUGUUCCUCUCGCUGCGCUGCGUCAUCUUCUUCCUUUGGUGCGUGGCCAUUGGACUGGGAACGGCCCUGAUUUGGAACUUCCUCUUCAUUUACCUGGAGCAGUUGGACAAGGAGCUGGAGGGAUGUGACAGCUCUAUGAAAACCCUUGAGGGUCUGGUUAUGGGCAUUCAGUGCUUCGGCGGGGAACUACCAUUCUUCUUCCUGUCUGGAUGGAUCCUUAAGCGGAUUGGUCAUGUCAAUGCCAUGAGCAUGGUGCUCUUUGGGUUCGGUGUGCGUUUUAUUCUGUACUCGAUGCUGCAGAACCCGUGGUACAUCCUGCCCAUCGAGCUGCUCAAUGGAGUGACUUUUGGCAUCUUCUACGCCACCAUGGCCUCCUAUGCGAGCAUUGUGGCUCCACCGGGCACAGAGGCCACCAUGCAGAGUCUGGUGGGUGCCAUUUUUGAGGGCGUUGGCGUCUCCAUGGGCAGCCUGAUCGGAGGACUGCUCUUCGAGUCGGUUUCCGCACGCACCACCUUCGAGAUCUUCGGAAUCGGAGCGUUCAUCCUGUUUGUGGUGCACGUGUGCGUCCAAAUGUAUCUGCAGCGGAACGGCAGCACCGAUGAAAACGGCACUGUCAAGUAUUUCGCACCGACAGAUGCAAUGCACAUGCUGAAUGAUCAGGAAUAUAGUAGAGUUAGCUAAGCGAUGCUUGACCACAUCCACCACCCACACCACCAACAAUCAAGUAACCAAACAACCAACCAAGUAACCAAACACCAAUGAACCUGAGACCACGCUUCUGCUCUUCGAACGAUCGCGGCUCUUCAGCAUCUUUCCCCAACUCGACGCUGCAUGACGAUUCGAACGAUUUUAGUACCCGUAUUUGUAAAUGUGCUUUAAUUUAGUAGUAGUCUUUAACUUAGUAUCCCACACACAAUCUCUCAUACACACCAUAUAUCGUGCAUUCUUCAUGCAUGUUUACCUGUUCCUCACUUACCUUUAAAUUUUAUUCGGCAGCCUAAAUAUUUGUAGAAUCUCAAGUGCAACCGGCUGUUUGCAUGCUUUAUAUAUUUACAAACAAUUUUUACGAUGAAUUUCAGUUUAAACAAGCCGUGUUGCCUUGAUAUAAUAUUUUUUGUUUUGUUCUUCUCAUUAUUUUAAUGCCAUAUUUUUAAUGCAUUUAUUGGUAGAUAAUUGUAUUCGAUUGGCUAUUGACUUCCUGUUGCUGGGUGCAUGUAUCCUUCUCUGAAAAAUCUCUAAAGUAUUUUACUUAAUUAUAUAAAAAAUAUACAAUGUAACAAUGUUUUCCAACCUAUCGCAGGCAUACGAUACUCAACUCUUAAAUAUUAUUAUUGUAUUAUUACUAUAUUGUUCAACUAUUGUUUGUAUUAAGUUGUUAGCUAGUUGUUAACGGGAAUCCCAAUGUAAAUGCAGUCCUCCACUGCUCCACUGCAGCUACUGGCCGCCGAUGAGCGACUCCUCGUGGUGUUGCCUGUCAAGUUUCCGUUGGUAAUCGCGCUGCUUGCAGGCCGCCACGUUUGCGGCUCGUUUCUGUAAUCAGCAAUUAAAAGAUAAUAAAUGUUUAAAUCAAG